AUGUCUCUCCCCCCCUACGCACACAGUCCCUCGAGCCAACGACUUCUGUACACGUCUCCCGAAACGCGCCGCUUAACGCUUAAUACCUUGUCCUCUCAACUCGGUAAUCCACAGGCAGGCGAUCCGCAGCUGUCAAUAGAUGACAACUCUCGUCCUCGACUUUGGCUUGUUUGCGCUCUCUUGUUGUGGGACCACGAGAAGCGACUGACUGCUAAGUGGCAUGAAGAGCUAAAUGCGAUGCUUCUAUUUGCUGGUCUUUUCUCUGCUGCAGUUACCGCCUUCGUUGUCGCAUACUACAUCACUCUGGGAACAAACAACAGCCUGCAAAUUCUAGCACUCAUGCAUAUCUCAAGCCAGCUGAGCAGCUUCACUAUCAAUUCUGGCAGCAACCAAACCACGUAUAUCAACUCUACACAACCGAUGCUCCUAGCGUCGCUCGCGGCAGCGUCGGUUUUGGAUCCUUCCAUCCCCACCGACAUCUACGCGUUGUGGUUCCUGGCCCUGGUUCUCAGUCUUGCUGCUGCGUACCAAGGAUACAAUCGCUACGGGGUCGAGAUAAUUAUGGGCGUGGUACCUAUUCUGUUACAACUAGCCCUUAUAAUCUUCCUCUUGGGACUUGUCCUCCUCCUACAACAUGUUCGAACUCCCGUCACUGCGACUGUGUCCACUGUGGUCGGGCUGCUCUUGCUUUUCUCUGCCCUGAUUUCAAUUUGGCCGGUCUUCGAUGUUCACUGCCCUUACAAAUCUCCGCAAGCGCUCUUCAUCAUGAAUAUAUUGACGCUGAUACGAGAGUCGUCAAGACUCAUAGAAUGGGCAACAUUGUACUUUGGCAAGCUUGCAGAAACGAUGAUCGAGGCCGUCGUUACGGCGCCUCAGUGGAUAAUCGGGCUUUUGCGCGUGAUGCACCGAGCUGCAACAAGCUCUG